ACGCCAUCUUGAGGAGACCCCGAACGCAGCGCUGGUUGGAGGCGACUGACAACAAUCCGAGGCUCAUCAUGACGGGAUUACUCACCUCCGAGUAGCACGGCAGCGCUCCAGUUUCGGGUCACAGGCGUCCAGGGGAAAGACGAGGAGCCGCUCGGCGACGGUUCACCGCUCCGGCUCGUGUUUAACCGAGAGAGGCUGCGCCGUAGCCCGAUGGCCGGCUAGCCGCUCCGUGGACUCCGCCGCGGCCUGCUCGGGAGGAGGAAGGGUGGUGACGGCGCAAAAUGCUCUACCGCUGACUCCCAACGAUACGGCCAUCCUGCCCAGAGACCCGCUGCGAGUCGGACGACGAGCACGAUGCACUUGUAGAUGUUUUUUUUAGCCGCUCUUAACUUUCCGAUUUCUGUUUCCGUUGUGUGAAGCCCAGUGAGCGCCGUCUUGCGUACCUGAAUUCCCGAGACAUGUCAUCCAACUGCACCAGCGCAGCGCCUGUCAGCGCCAGCAAAACCAAGACGAAAAAGAAGCAUUUUAUAGGACAGAAAGUGAAAUUAUUCCGUGCAAGCGAGCCCAUUCUCAGCGUUUUAAUGUGGGGUGUCAACCAUACGAUUAAUGAGUUAAGUAAUGUGCCUGUACCAGUUAUGCUGAUGCCAGAUGACUUUAAAGCCUACAGUAAGAUCAAAGUGGACAACCACCUAUUUAACAAAGAAAACCUGCCUAGUCGCUUUAAGUUCAAAGAGUACUGUCCCAUGGUGUUCAGGAACCUGAGGGAGAGGUUCUGCAUCGACGACCAGGACUACCAGAACUCUCUGACCCGGAGCGCCCCGCUCAACAGCGACUCCCAGGGUCGCUUCGGCAACCGCUUCCUGUCCAGCUACGACCACCGCUUCGUAAUCAAAACCGUGUCCAGUGAGGACAUCGCUGAGAUGCACAACAUCCUAAAGAAAUAUCACCAGGUAGAGAAGCUCUUACCUUUUCAUUCUGUCGUUCAACGUCUUUAG